AUGUGUUACUGCAAGUGGGAUGUUUGGGAUGAUUAUUUGAAGAGCCAUCCAGAUUGUACUUUCAUGAAAAACAAGUCUUUCCCUUACUUUGAUCAACUAUCAAUUGUAUGGGGUAAAGAUAGAGCUGCUGGAUUACAUGCUGAAGUUCCAGUAGAUGUAGUCGAGGAAUUAGAUAGAGAAGAAAAUGUAGAUCAAGUAGAUGGAGAAUCUGGUGAAGAUGGUGUACCUUCAUUAACUACACCUCGCGACGAAGGAACUUCAAAAAGACUUGAUCGUAAGAGGAGAAGAAGUUCAGAUGGUUUCAUAUCAAGUUUGGAGCGAAUGACUAAUGUGCUUGCUGCGCAUAUGGAUAAGUCGAAUGAUCAAAUGAACAAGAUUCUGGAAAGUGUUACCGGAGGUGACAAAGAGAAAAAAGACAAUCGUCGUAUGCUUUAUGAGAAAUUGCAAGAGAUUGAAGCGUUAACUGAUUCUCAGAGACAAAAAGCUGCAAUGAAACUUGUUCGAGAUCCUGAUUUAUUAGAUUACUUUUUCACUCUUCACGAUGAAGGGACGAAAAAGAUGUUUCUAAUAGAACUAUUAGGAUGA